AUAUUUCAACAAAAAAAAAAAUAGUAAAAGAAAAAUUUGUAAUUUAAGAAAACCACAAUAAAUUUUUUUUGAAGAGAGAAAAAGAAAAUUCAUUACUUUUACUUGUUAACCAAGAAAAAUAAGGGAAAGAAAAUAAUAAAAGAAAUUUAAAGGCAAAAAAUUUAUAAAAAAAAGUGCAACAAGUAGUUGGUUUAAAUUUAUAAAGAAUUGAAUAAAAUUUGUGAAAUAUUUUUAAAUAAAAUAAAUUUUUUAAAACAUCUAAUUAAAAAAAAAACUCACAAAACCUUUAAACUGUAUCUAAAAGGAUUAAAAAAUUGCUUUAAAAAAGUUUUGUAACACCACCACCUUCUUUCUCAUCCUCAUCUUCCGCCAAGUGUUAAACAUCAGCUGACAACACUCACUCUGAUACGUGUUAAAUUGCAAAAAUGCAUAAAUUUUUUUUAGAUUAUCAUUAAAAUUGUUAUGCUUUUUCAUCUUGUUUUCUACGUUUUGGAAUAACAAUUAUAUGAAUUUCCUUUUACACAAGAUAAAGUAAAUAAUACCGAACAAGCUAUACUCGUGCUCCUAAAGUUUUGGUUUAUUUUUCAUGAUUUAAAUUGCUGGUAAUAGUUGUCGCAAAAACUUGUAUAUGGUUACUUUAAAAACUUUUACAUUAUCAAGAGAAGAAAAGCUAAACAAAUACCAAAAACAGCUAAAAUAUUUUCCAAAUCCCUGAGGAAUUUUAACUCGUUUUUAAUAAACAUUUUUAAGAUAAAAUUUUAUGGCUGAUCUUUAAACUGGCUUUAAGAGAUCUAACUCCAAAAUAUUUCGAAUAGAAACUACUAUGUAAAAUAAUUUUGUGUAAAAAGUUUAUCUGGCAUAUUUAAAACAGAAUUCUAGCAGUUGUCAGUAAAUAAUUGCAGAAUUAACUAAAGACGAAAUUCACGGCAAAAUUAUUUAAACAAUUUUCACGCCCGUUUGCACAUUAUGAAGUUCGUUUAAAUGUGGAAAUAUUUUGAGAGCAGCUCUGUAUUGGGGAAAGCACAACAUUUAAGCCAUCGAUUUUUUUUUUAAUUUAAGCAAAUUUUCUUUCUUUUAACGUUUUGUAUAAUAUUGAGAGAGGGGUUUUCCUAGCUGCCCGUCACUAUGAGUAAAUCGGGAUUUUCAACGCUCAAUCGUUGGUUGGGACGUAAAAAUAAAGAUAAAUCCAUGGUCAAUGGUAAAUUAUCCAAAUCCAGCACAAAUCUAUCGAUAUCUUCCACCAACAUCAAUGAAACUAGUCAACUGGAAUAUAAUCGUAUCACACCUUUACCGGCCGCCACCACCAAUGCUCCCUUCGAGCAAACCUUUCGCAUAACCGUACUACUGCCCAAAGAUCAGCUAUAUGUAACCAGAUUGGGAGCACGAGUGCCUCUCAGCAAACUAUUGGAAUUGGUGUGCGAUAAUAAGUUAUUAGAUGCAGAGAAAUAUGAGUUCCGUAAUCCGGUUGAUCCUAGUCAAGUCUACAGUUGCGAUUUAACCAUUGGUGCUGUGGGUCUCUCCGAAGUACGUUUAUGUCACAAAUCCGAGUCAUAUGAUAGUUUCAAUAGCGAUGAGAUCAUUAAGCUGCAUCGCACUUCAUUGAUUAGAGAGUCCCUGUCCUCUUCGGAGUUUAGCAGUCGCAAUUCAAAGCAUACCACAAAAACCACUAGUCCUUAUAGUUCAACAAAUUCUUUGAAUUCUAUGGAUUCGUCGGCUUUAAGUUAUGGCCGCUCACCCAAAUUACCCGUAACCACUCAACCAAAAAUGUCUGCACCUCCACGCAAAAAGAGAGCCGCACCCCGGCCACCCAGUCAAAUAGCCAUACCGGAAAAGUCUCCUUUAAUAAUGGAGAAUGGUGAGCACAAGGAACAGCAUAAGCCUCAAACACCAGCCAGCAAAGACUUUUCGGUUUCCACUCCCAAUUUAUCCUCAUCCACCAUGUUGCACAGUGAUAUCAAUGGCAAUGAUUGUAAUGGUCAUAUGGAGGAUUUCAAUGAGGUGAGCAGUGGCAAUGGUUCUUUGAAUUCCAAUGGUUAUGCCGAGGAUACGGUGUUGUAUGCUCAAAUACAAAAGAAAAAUGCUUUAAAUCGUAACAGCCAAAGUCAGCUGGAGGAGGAAACAAAUGGUAAAUUUCCAGAACCUUCUCCCAGGAAAAGAAUAGUGCAGAUUAAAAAGAAAACCACGGCACCUCCAGCACCGCCACCACGUAACUCUUUGUACCAGGAGGAUGCAGUCUCCAUAGCUUCCACUAAUGUUUCUAGCACCAGCACACCCACCACCCCGGUGGGUUUGUGCAAGUCUUUGGAUAGUUUCUUGGAUCAAGAGGAGCCUAUGCCGAAGCCCUUAGAGAGAACAGGUGCUGACACACCCAAACCAGUGCCUCGUAUCACCACCAGCACUACUCUGUUAAAUGCCACGGAUAUAGAAAAUGAUUUAAAGAACUUUGAAAGUGAUACUGAAAUAAAUAAAGCCAAGCCUAAUGUUUCCAAGGUUUUACUUAAUCGCACACCCACCCCCGAACCUAGAUCACUAUCCUGUGAGCCACCCGAUAUGGAUCACAGCUAUGAGACACAUUUGCAGCACUUCAAACAGCAAAGAACCGAAGAUGAUUGUGUUUCCAAACAGGCUGACUCGGGUAUAGGAGAGCCCGUACCCUCUCCCACGCCAGAUAUCCAACCCUCCUCUGUCUCCACUUUGGAUGUUAAAUCCAAUUUUGAAUCCUCCUCGGAUGAUGAUGAUAUGGUCAAGGUUUACAAUUUUAAGCUAGGCAAAACCUUGGUAAAACCCCACAGUGAAACCAAAACUUUAGAAGAAUUGACCGUCAUGAAUAAUGGCGCAGAGGAGACAGACAGUGAGAUCAGCACUCCCUUGACACUAACACAAGUGCCCACGCCCAAUACCUUGUCGGAAACCUCCUCCUGGAACUUUGCCAUACCCAUAUCACCGCCACCCAACUUUGCCGACAAUAAAUUCAUGGAUAAUUUGGAAACAGACAGCAAGCCGGAUACCCCCAUUACACCAAAGAUUAUGGAAAGACCGAUUUUGGAUUUCGAGGAGUUGAAACGGGAACAAGAGCAACAGGAGAUAAGGGAAAUUAAGGAGAAGCAAGAAGAAAGGCUGGCUAAAACUCCCAGCUCUCCCUUGGAUAAUAUAGUCGAUGAGCUGUCCAAUAUAAUACAGGACAAAGGCUUAGAUUCCUUGAUUAAAAAGUCGGAGGAACCCUUGGAAAUUGAGGCCGCUAAACCCAAUACUUUAAGCAAUUUCAGCAUAAACUCCAUAAUACAAACAAACAGCGGCAAACCCAAAGAAGUUUUAAGUGAGAGCCCGCAACAGAAACCCCUGUCAGUGGCGACAAAUCAACAAACAACAGAAACAGAUUUUGUUAAAUCUUGCUCACCCUUAAGCUCUCCCUCCUCCACACCCGAUGAAGAGAAACUAUAUCGCAAACGCAGCAGUAUAACCAGCCUUAAGCAACGUAGAUCGGUAACACGCUCCGAUUCUUUUCACACCACAGCUGGCGUAAACAGCAAUGAAAGUUUGGGCCUAAAUAAACGUACCUCUUCCCAGCUAUCGCUGGAUCAAAUGGCGGGAAAUUUAAGUAGGCGUCGUUCUUCUAGUGAGUUGAGCAUAGGAGAGUCGCCUUCUUUGCUAAGUUUGGAGGUGAUGAAGACCAUUUUAAAUUCACGCAAAAACAGUUUGGCCAACAGCAGCGGUGAGGAGGACAAACCUAUAGAGGUAAAUGCUAGAAGACCCUCGGAAGAAUUGAAAUUUGCCAGUUUGGAAUUGAAAACAUGCAAGACUCCAGAGAAAUUAGAGAAGGAGAUAACCAAGGAAGUAAAUAUAGAGGAGAAACAGGAGUUAAAGAAAAUCCACCAAGAAGAAAAACCCAAAGAAUUACCCAAAGUUUAUCGCUAUUCCGGACCACCCAGCAUUAACUUUUCCACCUGGAGUGAACGGCCCAAAAGCCAAGUGGCCAUUAAAAAUGAGGGUGACUAUAUAUUUGGAGGAGCCAAGGCUGCAACACUCAAUAAUAACUACCGCCUGUCUACACCAGCCAGCACAAAUGAGCCGCCACCAGUGGCUCCCAAACCAGCCACCAUACAACGUAUGGGCAUACCCGAAAAGGACUACAAAGUACCGGUCAUGGUUAAGCCUUUAAAAGAUGUGGUUAUAGAUAGUGUACCACAAAAGGAGGAAGCCACUAAACCUGUAAUUAAUGGGGAUUUAAAAACCACAUACCAAAGUCAAACACAUACACUAAGACCAUCAAUGGAAACGGGAAUAAGACCAUUAACACAAGUGAUAGUAAAUUCCAAUACCAACACUUUGCCCCGGAAUACACAAAGACCCACAGUGGAGUCAGUUCUCAGGCCACAAACCCAAACCAUCGUAAACACCAGCACUUUGCCCAGAGCCAAUAAACAAAGAUUUUCCACCCCAGCUACCAUGCAAGGGCCACAGAUUUUACGCUCUUCCUCCAUAAAACAAACGCAAGAAACUGAGAAAGUUGUUGCCAAACCAGGACCACAAAUUCUACGCUCUUCCUCUAUUACCAGGCAGCAGGAAAAUGAAAAAGCUUCUGUGGCAGCUAACCCAGCACCUUUCGGUCAAAACACCUUAAGACGCACCGGUUUCAAGGAGAAAAUCCUGGCCAAAGAAGAACAAGAACAACAAAAAGCCAUAAACACUACAACCAUACAGCAGAAAUUAUUAUCCAAUGGUGAUCUAAAGCUUAACAACCAAAAAUUCAACAACUCCAUAACAAGUGCCAAAUUACAUUUAAAUCUAAAGAAGACAAACAACUCCUCGAUCACAACGAUCACUAGUAAUCAAGGCUCUAAGACAGCCUCUCCCUACUCCUCAUCCUCCUCCACCGUUUCCUUUGUAACACCAGCUUUAAAACCCAAACCUUUAACACCCAAGACUGCACCAGUCCAAAGCACAUUAACAACAUUUUCACUUAAUAAUAAUUCAACAAAUCCACCACCUCCACCCCCACCAGCUCCUGCAAUGAGCAUACAAUUGAAACCGGUAACAAUGGUGAAAACACCCACAGAAUCGGAUGAUCCCCGAGAUGAAUUAUUGUCAGCUAUAAGGAAUUUUAAUAAACAAGGUUUGAAGAAAGCUUAAAUAAAGCUUUUUUAAA